AUUUCUCAUUUCCAGUUUCAUCGAACAAGACAAAGUGUCCGGCUUUUGGACAUGGAUGUUCGUGUUAUCGAAGUUGCCGGAGUUAGGCGACACCGUAUUCAUAGUUCUACGUAAGAAGCCCCUAAUCUUCUUGCACUGGUACCACCACAUCACCGUCCUGCUAUACACCUGGUACUCCUUCACGGAAUACACGUCCUCGGCGCGUUGGUUCGUGGUGAUGAACUACUGCGUCCAUAGUGUAAUGUACUCGUACUACGCGCUGGUGAGCAUGGGCAAGUACCCGCCGAAGAUGCUGGCGAUGACCAUCACGGUGCUGCAGCUGACGCAGAUGAUCGUGGGCUGCGCCAUCAACGUGUGGGCGCACAACUACAUGGCCACCACCGCCACGCCGACCAGCUGCCACAUCAGCCAGAUCAACAUCAAGCUCUCCAUGGCCAUGUACUUCUCGUACUUCGUCCUCUUCGCACAGUUCUUCUACAAAGCCUACCUCUCCCCCAAAACUGGCAAGAAGGCCAAGACCGAACCAAUCCCCGACGUCCCCGUCAGCAAGAAAGUCAACUACAACAACGUAAACAAUGGUUACCCGCGACAGAGGAACGGCGUUGUCGCGCACUAGUCGGCGUCACCUUGUGAUAUGUGCUAGUUAUAUUGUACAGGUUAUGGCUGUUAUUUAUUUGGUCACGAUUGGCCGCGACUACCGGACACCUGUAGCCUCCCAUUCCACGCAAUGGAAGGCGAAACUGUUGCCAAUACUUCAUCCAGUGUCCGAUAUCCUCGCAUCUACUUAGUUGUCAUCGAAUCCUACUUAACACUUGCAUAAUCCGUGAUAUUACCGGCAGUGGUGUCCAAUCGUGGCCAGCCGACGCUAGAGAGGUCGCCUCGUGUUACAUUCCACGCUAGAUCGACUGUUUGCUUCCGGCCGAUGCAUGGCUCUUGUUAUAACUGACGGUAGCUGGCGACUGACCGAAUCAAACCACACGACGUAACGUAGGUUAACUAAUGAGUUAUAUUUGAAAAUGUCGAUGUUGGAUUUUCAAAUGAAACUGUUUUAAAAAUUAAUAUUUUAAGCGUGAGUAUCGUGAGCUCAUAGUUAAGCAACAGCCUAGUACGGGCUAUGUACAAAAUAGAUGUAACUUAAAUAAAUACUCAAUCUCUUCGAAAUGUUUCAACCUUAACUAAUUGCAUUAUUAAAUUGUAGUACAAAGCGAAUUAGUGAUUUCGGUUUGAUUCGAGCAGUCGUAGCGUCAGUAGUCCAUUAAUGAUGGCGACCCUCGUUGUGUCACAAGUUGCUUUUAUAUAGGCUCUGUGUACCGAUGAUUUAGGAUACGUGCUAUUGUGGUAAAGGCUGCAUCGAAUUGACAGAAUGUCCAUUAAUUAAUAUUAUACCGUAAGUACUCAGUUUUAGAGUCGUUUGUAGAAUACUGACUUCAAUGUUGUAAAUAAUGUUUAGUGUAGCGAGAUAUAACUAAAUAUGUCACACGGGCCAUUUUAUUGUGUUGUAUUUUUUCUAAAAUUAUACGGAUUUUUCUAGUUGAUUUGAGUACAUUUGGUUUUUGUGAACUAAUUUGAUUAAGUUUUAAAACAUAGAUGCAAUUUCGAUGCAGUUUGGGCAUGACUAUGCUUAAUGCAAUUCGCAAAUAUAAUUUAGUAAUACUAGUUAAUUAAAUAUGGAUAAUGUUCCAUUACGUAAAUAUUAUAAAUUGUUAAUAAUUACAAUCGUAGUACAUAUGGUAUGUUUGACAAAUUCAUUUAUAACGGGUCUCGUAUUAUUUUGUUCAAGAUUUUAUGUUUGACAUAGCUUGAAAUAUUCGAAUUUGUAUUAAUCUAUUGAUUGAAAAUUGAUUUUAGGGGACCCUGAAUUAUUUUAAGAUUAUUUGAAUUAUUCGAAUCAUGUAAUAUGUUUGGAAUAAUACAUUCCCAGUAACGAAAUGUUUGACAACUACUGUUUUAGGAAUCCGUACAAAUGUUUUGUUGUUUCAUUAAAUUUUGUACACCUUCCUAAAUUAUUGUUUCACCCAGACCUGUAUAAAAGCUCUACUUUGUUGUUAUUGUGUCGUAUUUAUUACUUAAUGAAGAAAAGAACUUAGUGAUUUUUUUAAAUAAUUUAUUUGUAAAGGGAUAGUUUUACCUACACUUUGUAAAUGUUAAACGAUGUUUUGCGCUUCAUGUUGACCGUUGGAGUGCGGUGCGUAGGUGUAAUACUUUGAUAUGCUUGUCAAACAAGUGCACAAAGUGUAAUAAUGUAAUACCCGCUAGAGGAAUAAGCAAUAUUAACGAAGAGUACCGGCUAAAUUUACAGUUUAGGCGCGUUUUAGUGUACAUUUCGAGGUAAAUACUUUUAUACGAACACACAUUCUUCUCUAAAUGUAGCUCUUACACUCGUAGACUAGGUUUAGGAAAGAAUGUGCGCUUCCCACUACGCGCCACGGAUAUACGGGCGAAACAAAGUUCAAAUGGACACUUCCACGCACUUACGUUAACUUGUGCGUUAACGUUAUCGCGUGAAAGCUUUACAACCGACGGCAUUUAUGUAACGUAAACGCGGUCGUUGUGAAUAUAUAGACUUAAUUAGAUUUAGUCCGCGGCGCUGAUAUUGGACUCAUACAAAUUAUUAUAUAAGGCGUCUCUUCAUGUCCAAUCGCGGUGACGUUCUGAUGUCAGCCUUGUGAUGUGCGUUAACAUAAUGUCGUUUUGUCCGUUCAUUAAGUACACGAAAGCUUUGGAUAAACGAUGGAGCGCUAAAUAGCGAUAUUCUAACUUCACUAUUACUAAAUUAGUAUAGAUAAUGCCCUGUAACAGUCCGCUAAUUGACCUGUUUACGGUAAAAGGGCUCGCGUUUUUUUAUAUCGGUCGGGUCAUAGUUGAUACUAGUUGCUAGUUUAAUUUUUAGUUACUAACCCGUUAGUGGCGGUUUAUUGUUGAAUCAAGACUAUCUUCGAAACAUUUGUUAAGAUGGUUAAAGACUUAUUUAGUCGUUCGCUGUGUGACUAGUUAUUCUAGAUCGAUUAAAAAUUAAGCUGAUAUUAGUAUCGAGCGCGAUCGGUCGCGGUACCUCCUAAGGGCCUUACAGAGUCAGUGUGCAAAUUAGCAUAGUUUUAGCGAAGGUCAAUUUCGUCUAGUACCGAUAUAGAAGUCACAAUUUUAAUAUAGGCUAUUUCAAAUAGGCUGUUAUUUUUGUCCAGUUCAUUGCUUUGUCUUAACGAUGGUGAGUUCUAGGAAUACUUGUAGUAUUAACAGUCACUCAUAAGGUGGGGAAUGAUUUAGAUAUAAUCGGGUUCGGGAAUUAGGGCGAACUAAACACUACGGUUGAGCUAUCUAGCCUUUAAUUUCGCCACCGAAACAAAGUACAUUGCGAAGAGUUUAUUUUGUAAUAUUUUUUAUCACCAUUUUUUUAUUUAUUUUCGUUGCAUGAUCAUGUUUCUUUUACAGAAAUUCAAUGAAGGAGAUUAAUUAUUAUAAUGCGAACUUCAACGCAGUUGGAGUAUGUUAUUUCAAUUGUAAACGAAAAGCUAUUUCGCUUGAUGUCGCCCUGGUACGCUUUGUGUUAUUCGACGUUCUAAUGUUAUCAUCACAAGCAAUGCAAUAAAACUAUUAUUAUAAUAAUAUCGUCAACGAAUUUACACGAAACGUAGCCAGGGUAAAAUUGCAAUUAAUGCAUAAAUUUUUUUAUUAUUAUUUGUCUUUAAAGCACUUUUGUAUUCAGAAUAUUAUUGAUAUAUUUCUAAAACUCUUAUUUCGUUAUGUACCCUAGUUAAAUGAUUAUGAUGUAACCCUGUCCACAACUGAGUUGUUUCUGAGAAAUGAUUCAGGCCAUAAAUAGUUGAUAAAAUUGUAAUCACUAACGCAUUUAUUAUUUAAUAUAUUGUAAAAUAUUUUCGCAUUUACGAACAGUGUUGUAACUUAGAUACUAGCGGUGUACAGCAAUAAGGAAGAAAUAAGAACAAUAUAACUUUUUAAAGUGUAAGUUCUUUUUUCUGCUGUAGUAACACUAAACAUAAAAAUCUAUUUACAACACUGUUCACAAAUAUAACUGUUAUUGUACAUGUUCCCGGUAGAACUAAUUAGCGGUUACAGUUCCAUAUUUCAAUAAAAUAUUUUAAUAAAUAUAUUUUUGUGAAGGAAGUUUUGUGGUUACAACAUGAACAGAACUAAAGAUUAUAAUAUAGCGACAGAGCAUUGUAAUCUAAAGUGGAAAUAUUCUUGCAAUCAUUCAUUUGUAUUUUCUGGGCAAAUAAAGAGUUAUGCGUAAUCA